CCAACUCGCGGCUUCGGUUCAUCUUUCGUUGUAUAAACAAGUUGGGUAGGGAGUUGCGAUUAACGAACGCUCGACCGCUGUCGACAUUGCCUUUAGAUCGUUGAAGAAGCAAGUUUUCGUAUUGAAAGGCUCAAUGGACGUUAAGCUAUCUAUAGGGGAGGAGGACGUUGGCACGAGCAACCCGAUCAAGGAGGAGGUCAAGAAGGAUGAAAUGGACUCUUUGAAGGAAGAAGAAAUCUGGAGGAGUCGACGGAGAGAAUGAAUAAUGCUCUGGCGGCUCCAAAAACCGCGGUGCGGCAAGAGCCAAAAGAUUUGUAUGCAGCUGCCAGCAAACUGACGGCUAUUAUCGAAGACGCCGAUGUGGAAGAGUUCAUUUCCGUGAUUGAAAAGCUUGAUGAUCAAACAGAUCCAUGGGUCAUUUUCAAUUCCCAGGUGUCGUCGAGGGGUUCACUACUCCACAUUGCAGCUGAGAGACGCCAGGACAACAUCCUAAGACUCCUGCUUGAUCAUGUAGCCGACCACCGCAUAGCCAGCAAAAAUGAUUGGGGAGAUACCCCCCUCCACAUGGCCGCCAAGGCCGGGGCAUGUGGAGCUGCCGGAAUGUUGAUUCGCCAGGCAAAAGACAAGAACCAGAUCCUGAGGAUGAAAAACAAACGUGGAAACACCGCUUUGCACGAGGCCGUGCUUAUAAGAAACGUCGAAAUGGCGUGCCUUUUGUGGAAAGAAGAUUCGGAGCCCAUGUAUUUGGAGAACGCGGAACGGAAAUCUCCCCUAUACCUGGCCCUCGACACCGGCAACUCUGAGAUACUUCAGGAAUUAUUUUCAUCUUCGCUCGAACCAUCGUCGAUACAAGGGUUGUCACCCGUUCAUGGUGCCGUUGUGCGUGGUCAAUAUGAUCUACUCUCCAAGAUACACGCAAUGAACAUGAAGCUAUUUGCAAUGACUGACUCCGGAGGCGGUAAUUUAUUUCAUUUUGCAGCUCACACAAAUCGGAUCCAAGUGUUCAAACUCUUAGAACAGGGAGCCGAAUAUUUGGCCAAUGAUCGGGACAAUAAAGGGGAUCUUCCCAUUCAUAUUGCGAGCAAGAUGGGUCAUGUUCACCUAAUUGAGAAGUUACUUCCAGUAUCAGGGUUGCUAAACAGGCAAGGACAAACCAUUCUUCAUGUCGCAGCAAAAUAUGGGAGAAGUUCGGCAGUGAAAUAUAUGCUCAAACACCCAAAUCUGGGGAAGUUAAUAAAUAAAAGAGAUCAUGAUGGAAAUACACCUUCGCACUUGGCCGCGAUGCAUUCACACCCUGCUACUUUGAUUCUUCUUGUGCUGGAUGAAAGAAGAGACCAAUUCUGUCUCAACCACGAAUUGUUGACUGCUCUUGACAUUGCUCUAGAUGGCAUCAAAAGGGACUGUACACUUCGGAAGGUACUGGCAGUCAUGGUGUUGGGAUCUGAGCCAUAUGUAAGCAAAGACUUACUUGUACUUAGGCCGGAAGCCCGAGAUGAAGCGUUUAUAGAGUUGGGCAAAAAGAAGCCAAACAGGGACCACGUGAAGGAUGUGAACAAUACCCAUCUGCUGGUGGCAACGCUUGUGGCCACUGUGACUUUCGCAGCCGGUUUUGCGGUUCCUGGAGGAUUUAACAGCUCCGACAUGGCCUCCGAAGAUGACAGGGGCAUGGCUACGAUGCUGGACAAUAGAAAGUUUCAGGCCUUCACGAUUUGUAACACCAUCGCGAUGCUCUGCUCAAUGACCGCAGUUGUCAACCUCAUGUGGGCGCAGCAAAAAGACGUCAACGUGGCGAUAGCUGCAAACCAGCAAACAAAACUGCUGCUAAAAAUUGCAUUUCCAGCGAUGUUCGCCGCUUUCUUAACUGGUGUCACAUUGACCGUUGGCAAACACCCUUGGCUUGCUAACACCAUGUUUUAUUUGGGAAUCAUUUUCCUCCUCAUUUUCUCAGGUGCUAAAUUGUUAGAGUACCCUCCCUUCUUUAAAAGCCACCAUCGUCCCAUCCGCUUUCUGAAACACUGGCUUGUUCUCGCUCACAUUGUUUUAUGGGGCGUUGAGACGAACAUUUUGGACGACAUGGAGGAGGACAGUGUCACGGUCACAAGGUUCCGUGACUAAGGGACCGUGCAUGAUCGAGGAAGACCUUCCAAAAUCACCCAAGGUUCCACAAGAGCUUCUGCAAAAUUCCUAGAGACAGGCAAGACGAUAAUUGCGCCGAUAAUCUAAAACUCUCUUAGCAUAAAUGUUGGUAGUUGAUAGGUUAGAAGGUACGAUCUUAUCCGCCAGAUGUAAUCUCGAUCAAUGGUUAUAAUCCGAAAGCCUCAAAUAUAAGAAGGGGUGCUCUCCCCCUCGUUGUAAUAAUCUAAUCAUUUCAAAAUCAAAGUUCCUUCCUCUC